GGGAAUCUUUAAAUUUAUCUCCUUAAUCAAAGUUUUGUGUUGACCGAAUCAUUAACUAAUAAAAAAAAAGAGAGACGUAAUCGGGUAAGAUUUUUGACAGGUGUAAGACAUUCAUUGGACGUCUGCGUUGGCAAAGUUGUUGGCCUAUCUUACCCCCUCACGCUCUUUCUAUAUAAUAAACCAAUCCUCUCGUCCUCUUGUUAUCUAUAAUCUAAUAAUCUUCGACUUCUCCUCUUAAUUCAUAUCCUACGUAGCAAGUUUUAGAUCUCCCUUCAGUUCCCAUCCAGUUUCAAUCCCCACCGAUGGAUAAUCUUGGUCAAUCUCCGCCGAUGGAGAACCGCGGUCAAUCGCCUCCAUUGGUGAUCAGUCUUAUUGACAGAUUAGGCCUCCUCCUCUACAUGCUAAGCACACGAUAUGGCGCCAGUGUUAGGAAACAGAUCAAAAAGAUGGAAGUGAGCCAGCACAGUAAAUACUUCUGCGAGUUCUGCAGAAAGUACGCUGUGAAGAGAAAGGCUCUUGGUAUUUGGGGUUGCAAAUACUAAUAAACCUCUAAAACACUGUCACACUUAUCCAAAAAAAAACUAGUAAACCUCUAAAAGGCACAUAUGAAGGAAAUAAGAUCAGCAGCCUCCCCUCUAUAGUUUUUCUCUAUAUUUACAUAAAUCUCCCAAAAAGAUCUCUAAACCUGUACACUACCAAAAGGCCAAAACCCUCUCCACGAAAUCGGGAUCCUCAGUAGUCGAGCAGAGUAUCGUCUUCCCUGUUUGAAUGAAAGUAAAGGUGAGACCACAAGAGCCAAGAACAAGGGAUAUGGUAAUGUUGUAUUAUUCAGAGCUUAUGUAUUAACUCAUACCAAAACUCAUUUUCGAAAUGAUCAGAUGAAUCAUAGUCCU